AUGGCUCGCACAGUUUCUGCUGUUGGAGUCCUCCUUUUGUUCAGUCUUCUGCUGCCCUCAGCAGAGGGCAGUAAGAGGAAUCGUGGAUCACAAGGAACCAUCCCUUCUCCUGACAAAGCCCAGCCCAAUGACUCCGAACAGACCCAGCAGCCGCCCCCGCCAUCAGGCUCCAGACCCCGGGGGAAGGAGAAGGCCAAAUCUACUGAAGAGGUGCUGGAAUCAAGCCAAGAGGCAUUGCAUGUCACGGAACGAAAGUAUCUGAAAAGGGAUUGGUGCAAAACGCAGCCGCUGAAGCAAAUAAUCCAAGAGGAAGGCUGCAGAAGCCAAACCAUCAUUAAUAGAUUCUGUUAUGGCCAGUGCAAUUCAUUCUAUAUCCCAAGGCAUAUCCAUAGGGAAGAAGGUUCCUUCCAAUCGUGUUCAUUCUGCAAACCAAAAAAAUUCACCACCAUGGUGGUUACCUUGUCUUGUCCAGAAAUGCAGCCUCCAAUCAAGAAAAAGAGGAUCACACGAGUGAAAGAAUGCCGCUGUAUAUCCAUAGACUUGGACUAGGAGGGAUCAUGGAGGAUAGUCUGCUCACCAAUGCAUUUCCUCCUUCAAACCAGGCAUCUUAACUUCUUUAAGUAUGUCCAAAUGGGACAUGAAUCAAAGAGAAUUGAAACGAAGAGUAUGUGUUACUCCUCUGUAGGUGUGAACUUCAGCUUUGAAAAUCAUUUGGAGUGUACCCUAGGCUUAGUAAUACACUAAUUGCUCCCGCCCUGGGAUUCUGCACUUGAAUCUGUGCCAUUGACUCUCACGAUCAUCAGUAGCAGUAUCUGUCGUAGAUUUGGAGGCAUUUUUCACAUUUAGUUAUGUUCCGAGGAAAACGUGGAAAGGAAUUAAGUUAAUUGCAGUGAAUGCCAUUGUGAUGGAGAAGGAAGCUUGCAUGUUAUCACCUUCAUUUGGACAUUAAGUAGCCACUUCUAGAGCUAAGAAGGAAAGACAAACAGGGAAGGCAGAAAAAUCAAUGAAAGAAAGAAAAAUGAUGUAUACACUACCCCCUUGAAUAUCUUGAAUAUUAUUUCUGAUUGCAUUUCUCAAGCCAACAGCAUUCUUCAAUACUGUAUAUAUUCGUCUAUAAACCCAUCUGCUGAUAAUCUGACCCUUGAAUGUUUUGCUUGGACAUCAACCCAUUUUUCAAGCUAUCAUCUCCCAUUGAAGGUGUCUGCUUUUUGCAUACCAUAAUUGUUGUGGUUGUCUAACCUUCUUCUACUAUAGAAGUAUAGAAAGGAGGGAUAAAGUUUUUUCUCCUUUCUACUUGCUUUCUUAAGUGAUCUGAUUAUAUGGAGGAGAAAGCCAUCAGACAACCCCAUUGCGCAAGCUGAAGUGGCACUAGCUGGGCCUGAAAUAUUCUUGCUACUCACUAAAAUACCAUGAAAAGUGUCUCACUCAUGGCUAAACUGACACUUGAAAUUUUGAUUUGUUUUAAUUUUCACAGUUGGGUUACCCAUGGGUGGCACUUUUUAUGACGUUUUGCUUAAAUAUUUGAGACCCUGCUUAUUUGCAGAUGGGCUUAUAUAGGGAUAUACAUACAAGUACUUAAAAUUUUGGAAAGGAAAACUUAUCAAGAGUACCCGUAGGUAAGUCCAUGGAUAAACCAACCCAAAUUUUGAGGGUUAAUUGGCAUCUAAAAUUUUCAGCUUCUCCAUGAGUAUAUAUGGUUAAUUAAUAUUAACUCUUAAUUGCACAGUUACUCUCUUUAAAGUCAACUUGUCUAAUACGUAUGUUGACAAUUAUUAUAAGUGCAUAUAUGCAUCUUUUACAAAGCCACACAAUGCCCCACAUAGUCAGCUCAUACAGAAAGUGAAGCAUUGCAAUAGCCGUUUUAAAAUCCAAAUAUCACAGUUUUAUAAUUUUUAGGGAAGAUCCUAAAUAACCUCAUUGAUGCUUCCCAAUUUUUUUUCAAUCUGUCAUGAGUGGAAUAUGGAAGAAGUUAAUGUAUAGUUUUGAAUGUGAAUCUGGCUAAAGAAGUGCUUCUUCCAUGCUGUAAUCAUGACAGAUGCAUAAUCUUACUAGAGAAUUCCAUUUUCAGACAGUCAGAUUCCUGCCAUUACACGUAGCUGUUGGUCACUUAAGACAAAAGGGAUGACAGAAUAUACCCACUAUAUAUUUUUUGCACUUUUUCUGAAAGUUGUGAAGGUUAGGAUUAGCUAAACCAGUGUUUUUCAAUACUUAGCAACCUUACGAUUCAACUUUAACUCUCAGAAUUCCCCCAGCCAGCAUGACCUUAAUUGCAUGAUAUUAAUUGUGGUUGAAUAUAUACAGAAUGUGACUCUCGGUGAGACUUGUGUGACAUUCAGGUAGCCAGUUUUCUUAACAUGCGUAGCUGGCAGCUGGAAAUCAUAAUAUCCAUGAAGUUGCACCAGGGAAUAGCAAUAGCAAUAGCAGUUAGACUUAUAUACCGCUUCAUAGGGCUUUCAGCCCUCUCUAAGCGGUUUAC